CGCCCCCUCGCCGGGUGGACACGAGGUCUGCGUCCCCUUGCCUCCUCCCUGCGCCCCUCCCGCUUCCUUCGCUACAAGUAGCCUAGGCCGGGCUGCUUCCAGAAGUUCUGCCGGCCGCACGCAAAGCAACUUCUUCGCGUCUCCGGAACUUCCCGGUGCGGAGAGCUCGGAGCUCCGGACUCGGGCGCGGACGCGGAGGGCGCGGGAGACCCAGAUCGCGCCCAUCACCCUGCGCCCGGCACCCUGCGCCCCGCGCCGGGAACCCGACACCUGGCGCCCGGUCAGCGCGCUCUCUCGCCCCAGGUGCCAGCGCACGUGGGGAGCAGCUGCAGCAGGUGGCGUCCGGGGUGGGGUCGAUGAAGCGCAGCCUGAGGAAGAUGCUGCGCCCCGGGGAGAAGAAGGAGCCCCCGGGCGUUGUCUACCAGGGCGUGGAGGACGACAUGGACGACUCCAAGGACUCCUUUAAGGUGGUUUUUGAAGGCAGUACAUGUGGCUUACAAAACUUCAUGAAGAAACAAAAGAAAUUAAGCAAAUAUGAUGAUACGAAUGCCUCCCCUUUGCAUCAUGCUGCAGGAGAAGGUCAAGUGGAGCUGAUGCAGAUGAUCAUCAAUGACUCCUCUUGUGAAGUGCUGAAUGUGAUGGAUGAUUAUGGAAAUACCCCUCUGCAUUGGGCCGCAGAAAAAAACCAGGUUGAAAGCGUUAAGUUUCUUCUUAGCAAAGGAGCCAACCCAAACCUCCGAAACUACAACAUGAUGGCGCCCCUCCACAUAGCUGUGCAGGGCUUACACAACGAGGUGAUGAAGGUCUUGACUGAGCACAGCAGUACUGAUGUUAAUUUGGAAGGAGAAAAUGGAAACACAGCUGCAAUGAUUGCAUGUUGCAAGGAUAAUAGUGAAGCCCUGCAGAUAUUGUUCAACAAAGGAGCUAAGCCAUGUAAAUCAAAUAAAUGGAAAUGUUUCCCUGUUCACCAGGCUGCGUUUUCGGGUGCCAAAAAAUGCAUGGAAAUAAUAUUAAAGUUUGGUGAAGAACAUGGAUAUAGCAGAGAGUCUCAUAUUAACUUUGUGAAUAAUGCGAAAGCUAGCCCUCUCCACAUGGCGGUUCAGAGUGGCGACCUGGAAAUGAUUAAGAUGUGCCUGGACAAUGGUGCACAGUUGGAACUGAUGGAGAAUGCGAAGUGCACAGCCCUUCAUUUUGCGGCCACCCAGGGAGCCACUGAGAUUGUUAAAUUGAUGAUAUCUUCCUUUUCCGGUAGCAGUGAUAUUGUUAAUGCAGUGAACGGAAAUCAGGAGACGCCACUUCACAGAGCCUCGUUAUUUGAUCACUAUGAACUAGCCGACUACUUAAUUUCAGUGGGAGCAGACAUUAAUAGCACCGAUUCUGAAGGACGUUCUCCACUUAUAUUAGCAACUACUUCUGCAUCCUGGAAUAUUGUAAAUUUGCUGCUCUCUAAAGGUGCCCGUGUAGACAUAAAAGAUCAUCUUGGACGUAAUUUUUUGCAUUUGACUGUACAGCAACCUUAUGGAUUAAAAAAUUUGCGACCUGAGUUUAUGCAGAUGCAACAUAUUAAAGAGCUGGUCAUGGACGAAGACGACGAUGGGUGCACCCCUCUACAUUACGCAUGCAGACAGGGGGUCCCUGUCUCUGUAAAUAACCUCCUUGGCUUUAACGUGUCCAUUCACUCCAAGAGCAAAGAUAAGAAGUCACCCCUACAUUUUGCAGCCAGUUAUGGGCGUAUCAACACCUGUCAGAGGCUCCUGCAAGACAUGAGUGACACGAGGCUUUUGAAUGAAGGUGACCUGCAUGGAAUGACUCCUCUCCACCUGGCUGCAAAAAAUGGCCACGAUAAAGUAGUUCAACUUCUUCUGAAGAAAGGUGCAUUAUUUCUCAGUGACCACAAUGGCUGGACUGCUUUGCAUCAUGCCUCCUUGGGUGGGUACACUCAGACCAUGAAGGUCAUUCUUGACACUAACUUUAAGUGCACGGAUCAGCUGGAUGAAGAAGGGAACACCGCGCUUCACUUCGCUGCAAAGGAAGGCCACGCCAAAGCCGUCGCACUUCUCCUGAGCUACGGGGCGGACAUCAUCCUGAACAAGCAACAAGCCUCCUUUUUGCAUGUUGCAAUUCACAAUAAGAGGAAGGAGGUGGUUCUUACAACCAUCAGGAAUGAAAGAUGGGGAGACUGCUUUAAAGCUUUCAGUCAUUAUUCUCCAAGCAAUAAAUGUCCAACCAUCGAAAUGAUAGAAUACCUCCCAGAAUGCAUGAAAGUACUUUUAGAUUUCUGCAUAAUACCCUCCACAGAAGACAAGUCCUGCCGAGACUACCAUAUCGAGUAUAAUUUCAGAUAUCUUCAAUGUCCAUUAGAAUUCACCAAAAAAGUGACACCUGACCAGAGUAUUAAAUAUGAGCCUCUUACAGCCCUCAAUACAAUGGUACAACAUAACCGCAUAGAGCUUCUCAACCAUCCUGUGUGUAGAGAAUAUUUACUUAUGAAAUGGAUGGCUUAUGGGUUUAGAGCCCAUCUUAUGAACCUAGGAUCUUACUGUCUUGGUCUCAUACCUAUGACCUUACUUGUUGUCAAUAUAAAGCCAGGUAUGGCUUUCAAUUCAACUGGAAUCAUCAAUGAAACUAGUGAUCAUUCAGAAAUGUUAGACACCAAGAAUUCAUAUUCUAUAAAAGUUUGCAUGAUUUUAGUAUUUUUAUCAAGUAUAUUUGGAUAUUGCAAAGAAGUGGCGCAAAUUUUCCAACAGAAAAAGAAUUACUUUUUGGAAUUUAACAAUGUACUUGACUGGAUGAUUUACACAACAAGCAUCAUUUUCGUGUCCCCCUUGUUCGUUGGUAUCCCAGCUCACGUGCAGUGGCAAUGUGGAGCAAUCGCUAUAUUUUUCUACUGGAUGAACUUCUUAAUGUAUCUUCAGAGAUUUGAAAAUUGUGGCAUUUUCAUCGUUAUGUUGGAGGUAAUUAUGAAAACUUUGUUGAGGUCCACGGUCGUGUUUAUCUUCCUUCUUCUGGCUUUUGGACUCAGCUUUUACGUCCUCCUGAGUGUCCAGGAUGCCUUCAGCUCUCCACCGCUUUCUAUCAUGCAGACCUUCAGCAUGAUGUUGGGAGACAUCAACUAUCGUGAUGCCUUCCUACAACCGUUUUUGAGAAAUGAAUUGGCAUAUCCAUUUCUGUCCUUUGUACAACUUAUUGCCUUCACAAUGUUUGUCCCAAUUGUCCUCAUGAAUUUACUUAUUGGUUUGGCUGUUGGUGACAUUGCUGAGGUCCAGAAGCAUGCAUUGUUGAAGAGGAUUGCUAUGCAGGUGGAACUUCAUACCAGCUUAGAGAAGAAGCUGCCGCUCUGGUUCCUACACAAAGUGGAUCAGAAGUCCAUUAUGGUGUACCCCAACAGACCCAGACAUACUGGAAUGUUAUUACGUUUGUAUUCUCAUAUCUUUUGCCCCCGAGAAGCGAGACAAGAAAUACCAAAUGCCGAUACAUCUUUAGAAACGGAAAUAUUGAAGCAGAAAUACCGGCUGAAGGAUCUCACAUCUCUUCUGGAAAAACAGCAUGAGCUUAUUAAACUCAUCAUUCAGAAGAUGGAAAUCAUCUCUGAGACAGAGGAUGAAGACAACCAUAGUUCUUUUCAAGACAGGUUUAAAAAAGAGCUGUUAGAACAGAGGAACAGCAAAUGGAGUUCUGUGUUGAGAGCAGUAAAGGCAAAAACACACCCCUCUUAGCAUUAGUUACCCAAUGCAACAGGGCUUCCGAUGGGGGGUCUGCAUGACUUUUGCGGUCUAAUUUCCAAUUUGGAAAGAGCAAGGAAAAAGCAGAAAUCUGAUUCUGAUUUCCCUACAUGUGAAACCAUGGUUCCUGUAUCCUAUAUAAAAAUAAAGUCUGUCUAUUUAUAUUUUCUGCCAGUCACUGAGUAUUGGGAAUAUCCUUGCUGCUAUGUUCAAGCUGGAUUUUACCUCUCAUUCUUUGAAUGGGUAGAAAACUAAUUGGCUAGAAUUACAUUUUUAAUGAUAAAGAGUAAUAAAUGUAACUGUUAAGCUAGAAUACAAAUGUCAAUACUGGAUUCCUGCUUGAUAAUUAUAUAAUAUGUAAUGUAUUACACAAUAAAGAAUUAGAUUGGAUUCUACCAUUUAGAAUGUUUUUUUGUGUUGGAAGAUCCUGUGGGUGGAGCCCUGUGUACUCUGUUCUGACCAUAAUAAAUUUCCCCACCCUUCUUGCUGCUCCCAACACACCUGAUGUCACUUUGAAUUGAGGCCAAAAUUAAUAGACCUUGUGAUAUGCAUGAAUUUUACUAUAGAUAGCUUAUGUUAUUUCUGUAUUUUUUGUUUGCCAUGGAUCAUAAUAAAUGUAAAACCUAUAUAGUUACCCCACUGA